AUGAUUCCAAAUUUUAAUAAUUUAAAUAACUACCAAACAAAAUUUCCAACUCAACAUCAACAGUUACCAACACCACCUGAUAGAUUUAAUUAUAGUAUACCACCACAUCAACUACCUGUAAAUAAUUUGAAUUGCAAUAAAAAUAAUAGUAUACUACCACCAAUUGAUAUAUUAACUGGAAACCCGCAAUUCAAUAAUGUUCAACCGCCAUCCCAAGCACAUCAACAAUAUCACUAUAAUAAUCAAUAUCGAUAUCAAUAUCUGCAAUCUCAGCCUAUACAUAAUCAGCCGCAGCAACAUUUUGUUCCAACUAAUAAUCAACAAAUUACAUCACCAAUUUCACCUAUAACAUCACCAUAUAAAAGUGUGAAUAAUUCUCAGCAACAACAAAGUAUACCUACAAAUCCUUAUUUUCCUACAAAUAUUAGUAAACCGAUAAGUCCAAAACAGCAAAAACGUAAAAAGAUGAAUAAUCAAAAUCAAGACUUACUAAAUCCAACCUCGCCAAAGAAAGUUAAAAAAUCAUCAAAAUCAAAAAAGACAGAUUUAAUGAUUACUAAAUUUUCUUCCAAGAUUAAUAAUAAUGAUACUAAAACACCUCCUACUUCAGUCACUACAACUCCCAAACCUAAAAAGUCAAAGAAUAAUAUUGCAUUGAUAACAAAUAAGCAAAUUUACUAUCCAAUUCAUAAACUUACAGAAGCAGAGAUGACUACUAUUCCACAAGAUCAGCUUUCAAAAGUACAACAAAUAUACCCGCAAAUUGAAAUUAAAAAAUAUUCAACCUCCGCUAUAGAUCCGAAUAGAACUUAUUUAACUGCUUACGAAUAUAAACUUAAUGAUCAAUGGGUAGUAUGGGAUUUUGAAACUGGAUUUGUUCAUUUAACUGGUAUUUGGAAAGCUUCAUUACAAAAUAAUAGUGAAAGUUCUACAUCAAGUAUGAAAGCUGAUAUAGUUAAAUUAUCAGAAUCUACACCAAAAGAAUUUCAGCCAUACAUCAAAAGAAUAAGGGGUGGAUUUUUAAAAAUUCAAGGAACUUGGUUACCUUUCAAGUUAUGUAAAAUAUUAGCUAGAAGAUUUUGUUAUAAUAUCAGAUAUGAAUUAAUUCCUAUUUUUGGCAAACAGUUUCCUGAUUUAUGCUUGAAACCUGGUGAACCAGGAUUUGGUGAGUUAAAGCUAGAUGACUUAGCAAAAUUUAAUCAAGAUGAAUUACCAAUACCAAAACCAGUAGUUGAAGAAGAAGUAAAAUCCGAACCAGAUAAACGUAAAAGUAAUUCAACAGUUACUAUUCCUCCAAUUGGUACUUUCAUUCAACCACAACCAAUUAAUUUGAAUUCACCAGUUUUGAAUAAGAAAUUAUCAAUAGAUCCAAUUACACCACCAUCAAACUCAAAUAAUAGACCACAUAGGAAAUCAGGAAGUUCAUCUACAGUAUCAUCAGUUCUGUCAAAUCAAAAAACUCCAGUUUCAGCUACUGAUGAUUUAAGUAUAAAUGAUUCAGAUGAAAUUGUCAAUGCAUCUAAAUGUUUACAAUCAUUAAGUAAGCUUAAACAGUCAACUACUAAAACUGUUGAUCAAGAUUUUUAUGAUGAAACUGAAUUAACUGAUUAUGAGUCAAAUUAUCCAUUCUCACCAAUUACUAGACAAGAAGAAAAAGAUAAGAAUGGUAUUUCAUCAAUAUUAUACGCAGCUAAUUUAAAAGCACAAGAGCAAGAACAACAUAAGAAUGAAAGUGAAACUAAAAGACAACCAACAAAUACCCGACCAAGUAUGAGAAUUAAUGAUUUGUUAACAUAA